GACUUUUUUUAACCGUGCAGCUGGUGGGUAUAUGUAACACGCUAGUGUUUUGGAUUAAGCAUUAAUGGGUAGUUAAUAUCACCGAAGGAAAUACGUUACCUCAUUGGAAAGAGUUAAAAACAACUCACCAAGGAAAACUUUCUUAAUAUUGUCAUUUACUAAACUAUAACAGUUGUGUAAUUAUUUAAGGCCUAUAAUAACUGGUGUAUCAAAUUAUAAAUAUAUCACGCUUCUAAUCACCAGUGCUAAAUUGUGACAUUAUCAAGAAUGAGUGUACCAAAACAUGAGAAAGUUCAACUAACAAUAUACGAAGCAGAUGUAGUUAAAUUAAUCUUGGAAUUUCUGGAAAAACGUGAUCUAGCAAUUUCUAUGUUAGCCCUAGAACGAGAAACUGGACAAGUAAAUGGACCAUUCAAUGAAGACAUAUUAUUCUUUCGUCAGUUAAUUUUGGAAGGUCAUUGGGAUGAUGCACUUGACUAUUUGGAACCAUUACGAGGUCCACCUGUUGAGUUAGACCUUAGAAAGCCCCGAUUUUUAUUAUUAAAACAUAAGUACCUAGAAUUAUUGUGUCUACGUGAUGUAAAUAACUUGGAUGGUAAUAAUUCAGCUAAUGGGAUCACCGGUGCUAAUGUUAAUGAAAAUGAUGUAGAUCAUGGUGUUGAACAGGUUAUUGAUUGUUUGAAACAGUUAGAACCUGAAUGUGAAACUCAAGCAGAAUAUCGUGAUUUAACUCUUUUGUUGACUUUAACACGAUUAGACCAACAUCCGGAUUAUCGUUAUUGGAAUCCAAGUUUAGGCCGUCUACAAUGCUUUAAUCAGAUCUAUCCGCUCUUGCAACCAUUUAUUCAACUUAGUAAACAUUCAUCUAGUGGUCAGGCAUCAACUGAUGAAAAUGCUCGUGGUGACCGACUUUUACGACUACUUGUUAAAGGAUUACUAUACGAAGCCUGUGUAGAUUACUGUGCUCUUAUGGCAACAGAACAGAAAGCUCAAAUGCAGAUAACUGGAAUUCUUGGAGGUGAUUUAGACGAAGAAGAAGAAACUGAACGUCUUUACAAUCAGAAUAUUUCUUUACAUACUACACAAAACAAUGAAAUAAAUCAACGUGCACAUACUCAUUCUACUAGUCAUUGUCGUCAACCUGUUGCACCAGAUUUAUCAUUAAAUUCAUGGCUUCAGUCAUUGAAACCAGUGAAUUUUAGUCAACCAUUUCAAUCAUAUGAAUUAGAUUUAAAAGUACAACCAAUUAAUCGACCAACACUUGAAUCUAGUUUAUGGCCAGAACAUAUAUUAACUCAACCUACUGUGAAACCACUUGUAUUUCCUUAUACUCAUAUACCAGAAUCAAAUACCAUAAUGGGAUCGAGUAUUCAACGUUCAGUAUUAUCAAUACAUAAUCCAGCUUUAAAAAGAGGCAAUCUUCAAGGACCCAGUGGUGAAUUAAUGCGAAGUCUAAUACCUGCUUAUGAAGGACUUUCCAGUGGUCUCUUACGCAUGAAUCCACCGUCAUUACAAAAUGAUCAAAUUAACGGUGAAUAUGAUAUCAAUCAUCAUAAUGGUAUCAAUACAGGUUUGCGUCCAGUUAUACGAAGUUCGGGCUUACCCAAUUUAUCUCGACGUGGUCCUCGUUUAAUGACUCAUUCUUUGUCUGGAUUUCGUCUUCCACCUAAUCCGAAUUUACAAUUUUUAAAUCAAAAAUCUAAUUCCAAUCAAACAGUAGCGUCUACAAAUUCACAAGAUAAUAAUACUAUGUCAGAGAAUAAAGUGCAAAAUAUUUCACCUGAUCAAAACACUACUGGAAAUGCUAAUUUAGAAUCGGCCACUAUUUCCGCCAGUAUGCAAGCUUCAGUGGAUCGGUUAUUCUCACUACAUGGUCAAAUGUCAUCUACUUCAACAGAUAUGAAUAGUUCUAUGGCAGAUCAUCAUGAACAUAACAUAUCUACAACAGUACGAAAUUCAAUGUUACUAUCUCGUUCUACUGCUAUAACAGGAGGUCAAAUGCAAUCAAUUACAGAAGAAUCACCUCAUUCAUCAUUUGAUCCUGUUAAUAAUGAACAAUUGGCAGUGAAACAAUCUGUCAGUGUUGAUGAUACUACCAAUCAUCGAAAAUCUCCAUCAUCUUCAUCACCAUGUAAUAGAACAAUGUCUGGUAGUUUAUCACCUAAAGAAAUGGUUGCAUCAAUGCAAAGUUCAAUUAUUAUCGAUAUAGAAAGUGAUAAAGAUGGUCAUAAACUCGGUUCACAUGCUGGUGAUUUACUGCAUGAAUUUCAAAAACGUCGUCUUGAUAGAGAAAAUUCUCAAGUGCUCAAUACUACUACUACUACCGGUGCUAAUAGCGAUGAUCAAUCAUGUUCAGUUACACCUAUCAUUAGUCAAGCUCCAAAAAAUCCUACUCAGCUAUCUGAAACUAUCGAACCUAGUGUAAAUGAAAAACCAUCUAUAGUUCAUUCUUCCUUACAACCUCAGUCACAACAUACUGACAUGGAUAGACCAUGUAAACUUAAUGGUGAAGUAUCGAACACUGCUGAUACCAGUCCCCAAACUCCACGUUACAUACCUGUAACAAUUUUAGAAGAUAGUCAACCAAUACGUUGUGUUGCAUUUCAUCCAUCUGGACGUUUAUAUGCUGUCGGUUCGAAUAGUAAAUUUUUACGUGUAUGCCAAUAUCCUAGUGUACAACACCUUAGUGCUAAGCAUGUAGCUACUUCUCCAGUAGUUCUAAUGAGACGUCAAAAGUACCACAAAGGUAGUAUAUAUUGUGUUGCUUGGAGUCCUGAUGGUCGUAUUAUCGCAACAGGAAGUAACGACACUACAAUUCGUCUACUUCAAAUGGAUCCAACAACUGGCAUACCAGAUGCUGCUUGUGGUGAUCCAGAAAUUGCAAGUACUGCUGGACAACCCAUUGAACUAAAAUAUCAUGAUGGUACAGUACGAGAUAUUGCAUUUCUAUUAGGAAGUUAUCCAUGUUCAGAUACAGUUACAAGCGCACCAAGUAGUCAUUUACUAAGUGCUGGUGCUGGUGAUUCAUGUAUUUAUCUUGUUGAUUGUAAUCGAGCCCAAACAUUUGAUCUAUCUGCACCGAAGUCCACACCACCUAAUUAUGUUGUACGUUCAAUGUCUGGGCAUACAGCUGCAGUUUACUCAUUAUCUGUAUGGAGUCCUGGUUCAUUGUUUGUUUCUGGUAGUGCAGAUGCUACUGCACGUCUAUGGGAUUUACGAGCUCCAGCGCCUGUGUUAAUUGUUCCAUCUUAUUCAGGUUCACAAGGUAGUGCAUUUGCUUCAGUCACUGUUGAACCGAAUUGUAAUUUACUGGCUAGUGGACAUGAAGAUUCAACAAUAUCAUUAUUUGAUUUACGUGGUGCUCGUUAUAUCAAUGCGUAUAGACCACAUUCAAAUGAAGUGCGUAGUGUACGAUUCUCACCAACUGCUUAUUAUCUACUAUCAGCUAGUUACGACAAACGUGUUAUAUUAACCGACUUUCAUGGUAUGAUCGAUGUAUUAUGUUGUUUCUCUCUCCUUUGUUUUAUCAUAAAUACUGGUUAACUUUUGCUAUGUAACAUUGUCUAUUUAUUGAAAAACAAUUAUAGUUUUAAUGUUGAUAUUGAUAAUAUAAACAUAAAAAUUUGAAACUCAUCGACGGUCUAUUUUCAGAUUAUGUAAAUUUACUGUCUAGAGUUAUUAUAUUCUAAUAAUAAUAAUAAUCCAUCGGAUGGAGAAUGCUGGUGGGCGGUCUAUGCUCUUCCACGAGGGGUAACAGGCGUAAGUAAUAUUGCGCUCUUUCGCUGUCUAAUCCAGUCACUACCACCUUCUUAAUUUUCAAACCGAUGUAUCGAUGCAGCUGAGAAUGUCCAAAACUGUUUACAUAACUUUGUUGCCAAACAAAAGCAAAUAUUUAUAUUUACAACUCAUACGUAUUAUAUAAGUCCCCGAUCAUUCCAGUGUUCUUAUCAUGAUUAAUUAUUUCAAACUGUAAGGAUCUUAUAGUACAUUCAAUGUUGUUUCACCAUAAGCUCUUUAUAAAAUCUGCAUUAAAAUGUUUAACUGUUGAUGAAUAAGUCUAUUUUUCUCCCUUUUCUAACAAGGUUUUAUUAUGUAUUUAUACAAUUUACAGUAUAAAUCGCAGUUUUACGUAUGCUGUUCUAGUAUGUUUAAUGUCUAUGUUCAAACCAUCAGUUCAUUAAAGUUAUUAAACAAAGUGAUCUGUUUUUUUUAUUUCUUCCAAAACUUGUGUUAUUGUCCAUCAAAAUAUGUAGGUGAUUUAUCUCAACCAUUGCCUUGUGUUCAAUUAGCUGAGCAUACGGAUAAAAUUAUACAAGCACGUUGGCAUCCUUAUCAAUUAUCAUUCAUUACUUCAAGUGCAGAUAAAAGUGUUAUUUCAUGGGCAUUACCUACUGUGUGAUGUGACAUAUAUAUAUAUUCUCCCAAUGAUCUCUUUGCUUCUAUAAAUACUAGGAUAAACUUAUUCAUUUCUAUCUCCUCAUAUACAUAAUUUUUAUUGUCUGUUCCACAUGCCUUCUUAUAUAUAAUGUAUUCAGCAUCUGAAUAAUUUUUUUCGCUGUCGUGUUUAUACUAAAUGAUUAUUAUUAUAUCCUUUCACCUACAUACAUUGAAAUCAUUUUGUAAUGAAGAAAAUUUAUCGUUUGUUUUGUGUUACCCUAAAUUGUGUAUAGUGCAAUAUAAACGCUUGAUAUCCUGGUGGAAUUUAUGGAUCAUAUAUUAUUUACUGUUUCUUAUUGAUGUAUCAAUGUACUCUUUUUAAAUAAGCUUGUUUCAGUUUGUACUUGUAUUAAUUUUUUAUAGGUAUAUGUUGACUUGCUUUCAGUGUGUGUAGGUUUGCUUGACUUUUCAGCUAUAAUUCCCAAUAUAAUAUUCAAGAGAUAUAUGUAUUCAUUAUGUUUUAGUUUGUGCUAUUAAAAUUUUCAUUGAUUAUCUUUCAGCAAAAACGAAAUACUUUUCAGCUUAUUAAAGUUUUGUGUGCAUAUUUGCUAAAUUUUUGCACUCUUAUAUGCUGCCUCAAAUAGCAAAAUUCUCGAUUAUACAUUGUAUGCAUUUCUACUGUGAUAUAAUUAUCUUUCCUUUUUACCUCCUUCAGCAUUAUCCUUUAAUUGUUUUGUGUCAUUUCACUUCAUGCACUCACGGUGUUUUAAUAUUGUUGUUAUUAAGUUUUUCUAAAAUAAAACAACUUAAUUUUAUCACGU